CUUGAUGAGAGGCAAGCACAUGCGGUCUGGCACCAAUAAUCUAAGGACACACUACCUCCAAUUCCAGAUGGCUUUCUCUCCUCCUACCACUGAGAGGUAAUAAAAGGAAUCUGCACAAUCUCAAGAGAGCUGUUUACAAUUGGAUGUUGUAGUGGACAUCCAAUUAUUUCAAGGAGAUUAAAAAAAGAAAACUGACAACCUAAGAGAUUAAAGCUGUGCUUAUUAACUUUUUUUGGGGGAAAAAAAUAGCUUUGAAGAUGAUGAACGUGGACAUACUAGUUUUAAGCUUCUGCCUUGGUCUGGGAAUGAGAAGCGUUGCAGCUGCUAAGAGGCAAUUUCAGAUCCAAAACGGCCCAUGCAGCUAUACUUUUCUCCUGCCUGAGCAGGAAAACUGCCAAAGGCAAGACAACUACAACCACCCCAUUCAGAAGGAUGGCCCCGCUGACGAGUCCACGCUGAGGCUGGAACAACUGGAGAUCAGCUUGAAGAAUAACACAGAUUGGCUGCUAAAGUUAGAUAACUACAUUCAAGACAGCAUGAAGCAGGACAUUAUCCAGUUUCAACAUAAUGCCGUACAAAACCACACGGCUACGAUGAUUGAAAUUGGGGCAAACCUGCUGAGUCAAACUGCUGAGCAAACAAGGAAACUCUCCAAUGUGGAGGCACAGGUCAUUCAACAUACAACACGGCUCGAGCGUCAACUCCUUGAAAACUCACUGUCAACCAACAAUUUGGAAAAACAACUCAUAGUCCAAACAAAUGAAAUCAACAAACUGAAUGACAAAAACAGUUUUCUGGAGAAGAAAGUGCAAGAGAUGGAGGAGCAGAGACAAGUGGAGCUGAAGGGCCUUCGAGAUGAAAAGGAGCAGCUUAACACUCUGAUACUGAGGCAAACGGCAAUCAUAGGUCAGCUGGAGCAGCAGCUGUUGAAGGUGUCCUCCAACAACUCGGUCUUACAUCACCAGCAGCAGGAGCUGCUGGACACAGUGAACAGCCUCAUAAAUACUCUGUCAGCUGGCUCGCCUGGAGAGCCUAAAACGGUCAUGAUGCAGGACACUCCCUCCACCUACAUGGACUGCACUGCAGUCUACAAGUCCGGGAACACCAACAGUGGCGUCUACACUCUCACAAUACCAAACACUACCAUGGAGGUGCAGGCUUUCUGUGACAUGGACACAGAUGGAGGUGGCUGGACAGUAAUACAAAAACGUUUUGAUGGCCGUGUUGACUUUCACCGUACGUGGCAAGAGUACAAAAAGGGAUUUGGAGAACCUUCAGGCGAAUUCUGGUUGGGAAACGAAUUUGUCUCCAGACUGACAAACCAACAGACCUACAAACUACGGAUCCAGCUCAGUGAUUGGGAAGGAAACUCUGCAUUCUCACAAUAUGAUCAAAUUUUGCUUGACAACGAAGCGCAGAAUUUCAGGAUACACCUUAAAGGCUAUGGUGGAACGGCAGGCAAAGUAAGCAGCAUUGGGCAGCCAGGAAGUGAUUUCAGUACAAAGGAUGCAGACAAUGAUAAAUGUGUUUGCAAAUGUUCCCAAUUGACAACAGGAGGCUGGUGGUUUGAUGCCUGUGGCCCAUCCAAUCUGAAUGGGAUGUAUUACCAACAAGGCCAAAACUCCAACCGCUUCAACGGAAUCAAAUGGUACUACUGGAAAGGCUCAGGCUACUCACUGAAGUCCACUGCAAUGAUGAUCAGACCAGCCGACUUCUCAGGUUCCCUUUGAAAUCUCCCUCAGAUUAACCAGUGGGGAAGACAUUCUGUCUGACAAACACCACCAAAGGUUAAACCGCAUGGGGGAUCCAAAGCACUUCAUGAGCAUAUUUUCAUAUAUCUUUUUGCUAUUUAUGUGUUUAAUAGUUUGAACUGCAGUGUUGGUUUUGAAAAAUUGUGCAAAACAAAGAAACAAACCCACUAAAGGCUUAGAGACUGAACUCUGUUAUAACCAUUUGAUAAUGGGAUAUAAUAAUGGGUAGAAUGUUAAACUAUCUACAUAUUAUUUCUUGAAUAAUUCAAUACCAUUUAAUUUCCCAUUUAACUAUGAAUGACAUGAUAUUUGUGUUAGAAAAGACUAUGGUACAACAUGCAGUUAAAGAACCAGCUCAAAUCUUUUUUUAAUGUUGGUGAAAAUGUUUUAGAGUGCUUAAAAUGUGCCAAAAAAAGUUUCUCUUCAGAACAUUUUUUUAUCCUAGAAUGUAUGUACAUUUCUUGUUUAAUUUAAGUGAAGAUUUUAGGACUGGUAUUUAACUUUAUUAUAUAUGAAGGAGAACUGUUACAGAUAUCAAGUGAGGGUCUGGAACUAAAGAACUUAAUUGCACAUAAACUAAAGAAUUACAGUAAUAUAUUCUCCUGUAGUUACGCAGAAGUGUGGCUGUUAUCACCGUCACCUCACCGCAAGUGGAUUCCUGGUUCGAAUCCCAGCUGGGGCUUUUCUGUGACGAGUUUGCAUGUUAUCCCCGUUUAUCUCUGCCCAUCAUUUAAAAACAUGCAUGUUAGGUAAAUCUGUGCCUUUAAAUUGCCAGUACGAGUGAGUGUGAGUGUGUUUGGUUGUGUGUCUUGUUUUUUUCUGGGUGUCCCUAUGAUGGACUGGAGACCUGUCUAGGGUGUAUUCUGCCAACUGCCUAAUGGCAGCUGGGAUUAAAAACAGCCCCAGAUUAUAUUGAGGCAAAUCAGUUGAUGCAAUUACUAUAGAUGAAAUGUAAUUGUUCAUUUUUAGGGUAGUCCAAAUGAAAUGACUGAA